AUGACAGACACAAUCCCCGGGAGGCGGACAGCCAUGCACUACCUCCCCGUCGCCAAGGCCGUCGUGGCCAUACUCCUGGCGGCCCAGGCCGCUGCCGCGCCGAUGCCGCAAUACGGCACCUCGGUGGAGGUCGGAGCUCGGGGAGCCGCCCUCGAGGCUCGCGAGCCCAAGACCUGGCAAGGCAAGCCGACGGACAUAUACGGCAUCGGCAUGAAGGGCGGCGACAGCAGCGGCUUUUCGACCCAGGCCGUCACACGCCGCACGGUGGAGGAGGCCGGAGACGCCGAGAUGGAGGCCCGUGAUAUCAAGGCCCCGUUCAAGAACAUGAACGGCGAGAGUCUCCUGACGCGGCAGCUGAAGCGCAACGUUGAUUCUAGGAGUUUGAGGACCACCUCCUUUCUUGUUUAUGUCUGCCCGCUGUUUCUGCUUCUUGCCUGUUACUUGGUCUUCGUAUUUGGUUUUGUUGUAUUUGUCUGUUUUAAUUGUGUGGCGUCGGGCGUCCGCUCUGCCAAAGCUGUUGUCCUAGCGGACGACAAGGCGUAGCGAUAUAGGGGACGGGUCGUAAUCACACCAAACACUUUUUAUUCCUUUCCUCGUCUUGUUUACUUGAAUGUGUGACCUGAAGAAAUGCCAUGCCAUUCCCGA